AUCGCCGCCCACCACUCAACACAUCCUCUCGAGUAUAGAUGAGGUUGUUUGAGCAUGUCCGAAGCGUCAGACCCCCAGUCGCAUGAGGAGACAGCGGCACAAAAUAGUCGCGAAGGAGAACGAUCGAAACGCUUUCGUUUCAAGUCCAAGAAGGACAAUGAAGAUGGCGACGAGAAUGAGUCAAGGGGUCACAAGCGACGGAAGGACCAAGACUCUGCGCAUAAGCACAGGAAACGCCGCAGGUCGUCACGGCACGGCACCGCUCAGUCGCACUCACACGAACGAACCUUGAAUUAUCUGUCGCCCGACCAGGCAUUUCGAGAGUCGCUGUUCGAUGCGCUCGGAGACGACGAAGGGGCGGCGUUCUGGGAGGGCGUCUACGGACAGCCUAUACACAACUAUCCCGACACCUAUCAAGAUGAAGAGACCGGAGAGUUGGAACGCAUGACCGACGAGGAAUACGCACAAUUCGUCCGGCGGAAAAUGUGGGAAAAGAGCUGGGAAGGGAUAGAAGCUGCCAAAGAAGAACAGAGGAGAGAAAGAGAACGGGAGAAACAAAGGGUACGCGACGAAGAGAACAGAUCAGAACGCGAGAGGCAGCACGCCAGGCACGACGAUCACAUUUUCAACACACAGAUCGAAGCCAGUCUCCGACGAGGGGAGAAGCGCAAGGAGCGCAAGCGGUGGCAGAGCUUGUGGGAGGAUUAUUUGCGCCGCUGGGCAGAUCUCCAGAGCCUUGCUCAAAAUCGGCAGAGACUCGAGGGCGAGGGCGAGCAGCUCUUUCUCCGCAACAAAAUUGCGUGGCCCGUCGAGUCAGGUAAACGCAAAGAUGUGAAUAGGGAAGAAAUCGGACGGUUUAUUAGAAAAGCUACAGCCGCUUUCGAAGUUCCGGAGGGCAGGGAUUCAUUCUCGAGCGUCGUCAAGGCCGAGAGAGUCCGAUGGCACCCUGACAAGAUCCAGCAGCGGUAUGGGUUCAUGAAAAUCGACGAGGACACCCUGAAGGCGGUCACAGCGGUCUUUCAGGCGCUCGAUGCUAUAUGGAACGAAAUUCGCGACAAGGCUGCAUAAUGAAAACAACUUUAGGGGAGUUGAGGCAAAUGCCACUUCUAAUCCCCUUUCUCUUUCUAUCAUCCUGGAGCUGCGCCUCAUUCCGUAUUGCACAGUCUAAUUAUUUAUAGGUUGAUCUCCGCCUGUCCAGUCUCGAAUGAUAUCGUCGGGGACGUCUCUCACUAAGACAUGGACAUGCUCCAUUCCCGGCACAGAUUGCAACGCCGUCCAAUUUUUGAACCACAUAACUUUUUCCUGCUCACCUGGCAGAUCCUUGACUCGAUCCACAAAGGUAGACUGAAUGAAAUCCUCGACUUGCUGUCUUGAUCUGGGUGUCAUGUCGCCUCUGGUCGGCUCUGAUUCCAAUCGGGUCUUGAGCCACACAAUGAUGUGCCUAAUACCAGGGGCCAAUCCAUAUGGCCAGUCGUUGACCAGGAUCUUAUAAUCUGCCUCAUCUGCGAAAGGGACAGGGUUAUUGACGGCGAAUCUGGGUCCUGUUUCCGGGGUCGACGAAGGUAAAGGGGUCCAUUUCAGUCGCUCCCUCAUGACAAAAUUGGGGACGCUGCCAUAGGUCGCCUUCGUCUGGCUUGACCACUUGAUGUAGCGUCUCAAGUCUGAAGGCCACCUUUUGAGUAUGCUGAGGUUGUGCUCGGCUGUCGAAACCUGUCAGAAAAAGAAAGGGAAGCUGACCCAAUGAGACCAUGUGCAGCGGAGCACACACCAAUGACCUGUUUCAGUUCUUCCCAGGUGUGUGGAUGGAAUUGGUCAUCUGUCAUGGCCAGGACAGACUGAUCCACUGCCGUGAGAGGGAACGGGGACGGGGUAUUGUCGGGGUUUGAAGCCAUAGGUUUCUGCGUGCUCCCAGUCUUCGUCUGCAAU